ACAACUCUACUUUUUUUUCACAGUGAAAAUUAAGUGGAAAAAAAAGAUUAUAGAAAUUAAGAAAGGUGCUACAUAAUGAGCGCGCCGAGCAAUAAAAUGUCUGCAACAGAUCAGAUGCGUGCAAUGCUGGACCAGCUGAUGGGUACCACCCGCAAUGGAGACGAUGGACGCGGCCUCAAGUUCUCGGAUGCACGCGUCUGCAAGUCAUUUCUGCUGGACUGCUGUCCACACGACAUCCUGGCAUCCACGCGCAUGGAUCUCGGUGAGUGUCCCAAAGUGCAUGAUCUGGCUUUUCGUGCAGAUUACGAGAGUGCGUCCAAGUCGCGGGACUACUACUACGACAUUGAGGCCAUGGAGCACCUGCAAGCCUUCAUUGCGGACUGCGAUCGGCGCACAGAUUCGGCGAAGCAGCGCCUGAAGGAGACCCAAGAGGAAUUGACGGCCGAGGUGGCUGAAAAGGCAAAUGCAGUCCACAGUCUGGCGGAGGAGAUUGGCAAGAAACUGGCCAAGGCCGAGGCGCUGGGCGAGGCGGGAGAAGUGGAGGACAGCAUGGAGCUAAUGAAGGAGAUCGACGAGCUGCGCGGUAAGAAGAUUAAGGCCGAACACGAAUAUAGAACCUCGAUGCCAGCAUCAACCUACCAGCAGCAGAAGCUACGGGUCUGUGAGGUGUGCUCCGCCUAUUUGGGCAUCCACGACAACGACAUUCGUCUGGCGGACCACUUUGGUGGUAAGUUGCAUCUCGGCUUUCUCACCAUACGCGAAAAGCUCAUCGAGCUGGAGAAGACGGCGGCGCCACGCAAGGCGGAACUGAAGCGCUCGGGUAAGAUACCAGAUCGCGAAGAGGACGGCAGGGGCAGAAAUCGGUACUUUGUAGGUGGACGUGAGCUGGACAGACGCUCGCGGGUGCAUCGCUCUCGUUCCAGAGAGCGUCAGCGACAACGUGACGCUGAAAAGCAAUCGAACGAGAGAAGCAACGAGAGAAGCAAUGAGAGAAGCAACGAGAGAGAGAGAGCCAGUGCCCGGGAGAGCGAUGGGGAACGUGCUCCUGCUCCGCAACGUGGACGCGACGCCGAAGUAAGAGGCUCAGGACGCGGAGGUCAUGAUAAUCCUCGAGAUCAUCGCGACAGAGAACGUGACGGCCGAAGGGAUAGAGAUCGCAAUUCACGCAACGACAGAGGACGCUUCGGCGGAGGUGGAGGCGGAGGAGGAGGUGGCGGUGGCUUAGAUCGCCGCAAUGAUAGACGUCGUUCCCGUUCCAGAGAUCGUUCGCCACGUGAUAGACGUAACUACAACAACAGCAACAACAACAGUAACAACAAUAACUUUGGCAACAGACGACGCUCCUUUUCCCGUGAGCGCUAUCGUCGCUAGAGAUCUGAAGAGAAGAAAGCGGGAAGCAGGAAGAUUUAGUUUCACACCACAGUGUCCAGCGCACGUACGUAGAAUUAAUUACACUCAUAACAGCAAACAAAAUUCACAAAAAAAAAAAAAAAAACCGGAAACAGAAACAAACAGAAAAAAAAAAGAAAAUAGAGCUAACCAACUAAUUGCAUUAUUAUUCAAUAAAUAAAUGACUUGAAUGCACUUUAGACAGCAAAGCAGAUAUUUUUUGUUUUAAAAUAUUAUUAAUUCAUUAUCUUUGAUUUUCAUCCAUGUAAAUUGACAGACAGAAUGAUCAGAAAACAAUAACUGUAAGCUGAUACUGUAAACAAUUAAGUAAAUAAUUCAUAUAUACAAUUCAAUAUAUAGUUUGACAGCCCCGGCAAGUUGUAAACUUACGGUACGUAGAGCCAGAGUCCCCCAAAUAACCAAUAAAUUCUAUUUAUAAUACCCAUCAAGAAAACAACACACCAAAAAAAAAAAAAUAAGAAUUAUAAACAAAUACAGCCUAUGUAUGUAAUUUCUCUCAGCUCUCUCAGCUUGGCCCCGAGUGUGUGUUGCUGUACUGUACUGUGUGUAUUAUCGGUAUCGGCCCGUUUAGGGUAAGCCUAUAUCAACAAUCACUGCUCUCUCUUUCUCUUACUCACUUAAAAAUUUUAAAUUGUAACUAUAAAGCGUUUUCCCCACUUGAAUUCACUUUUCAGGCGAUACGCUUGAAAGCCAAGCCGUAAAGCUGGGUACGUAUUGAGUGAAUAUAACAUUUAUUAACUGAACAGAAACUGAAUUCAACUGAACUGAACAUCCGCCUAGCCUUCAAUGCUAGGGAUCUCGAUAAUUACAUACUGAGUAUGUGGUAAACAUACCUAAAUUGCAGUCAUAGUUUUGGGUACGUAUUCGUCGUCUAUUCUUUUGGGAGUGUUUGUUUGUUUGGUAUGUAUGCGUUAUAAUCGUUAGAAAUUUUAUAGCAACAUAUUAUUGGUACGUAUUUAUACCCAAGCUGCAGCUAAAGAGGAUUGUGUUGGUUCCUUAGGGUUCGAUGAGCACAUUUAACGUACGUAUUUUCAAAAAAAAAAAAACAAAUCAAAUCAAAAUUUUGUAGUAAUUCAUAUUUAGUUACAAACACAAAAAAAAAAUACCCAUAUUUUACUUAAUUUCUUUCUCACGUUAAAGUUGAAUUGCGAUAAAUGCAGAGAAAUGAAGAGCGGGCUUACCAAACUGGCCUAGUAUGUGAGUAUUCUGUUUAAACUGUUAAAAAUGCUUAACAAAAGUGGUUGGGUGGCUCCUUCUAACGUUGUUUCUUUUGACAGCAUUUAGUAUGGGAUUGAAUAAGUUAAU